AUGAAGAAGCAUGGAAGUAGAAUCCCUAAUUCCACUGAAACUUACGAGGAGAGUGAGACUGAUGAGUCACUAUCUUAUUCUAGUUCAUCAGAAGAUGAUGAAGAGGAAGAGAUAGAGAAGGUGCUUGCUGAUGUAACUUUUGAGGAGUUGCAGAAAGCUCGAUCAAAUGGGGCACAUGCGGUUUUUAAGAAACGCGGAGAAGACAAGAAGUUAAAAAGGGCAAAUAAGAAUAGGCCAAUGGAAGCUAGUAGCAAAAAGCCAGUUCCUGCCUUUAGAGAUGUCAUCCAAGCCCCUAAGAAGGUUGUACGCGACCCACGAUUUGAAUCUCUUUGUGGUACACUUGAUCCUGAUGGGUUUAGAAAGAGAUAUAAUUUCUUAUAUGAAAAGGAUCUUCCUGCGGAAAAACAGGCUCUUAAAAGGGAAAUGAAAAAACUCAAAGAUCCUGAGCGGAAAAGUGAAAUAGUAGAACGCAUAUCAUGGGUUGAUAAACAGUUGAAAUCUGAUUCAACAAGAAAUGUUGAGACAAGUAUUUUAGCUAAACACAAGAAGAAAGAAAGAGAAGCCGCAAAGCAGGGAAAACGACCUUUCUAUCUCAAGAAAUCUGAAAUCCGAAAACAAAGGCUUAUUGAAAAAUAUGAGGAUCUCAAGACGUCUGGAAAACUUGAUUCAUAUAUUGAGAAAAAGAGGAAGAGGAAUGCUGCCAAGGACCAUAAACUCAUGCCAUAUCGUAGAUCUGGUGACAACGCAGAGUAA